AUGGUCAUAUAUGCUCAAACCAAUUUUUGCGACAAUCCUUUAACAUUGGACCUUCCAGAAUCAAAAGAUAUUCAAACACUACAAGCUGAAUUUGUUGACUGGGUCGAGAAAUUUGAAAUGUACGACCGGGUCUAUACGCCUCUAUUACGCUAUGUUAAAUUUUCUAAACUGGCAUCAAAGCUUCGGGCCCCAUUUGGACAUUGUGGGCCUUUCCCAUGGAACACUUUUGCGGGCGACUACAACCAGCAAUUAAAAGCCAACAACACCCGUAUACAUCUUAUGCACAUCGCACUGAUCUACAACAUUGCAGAAGAACUAUUACCGCAAAAACCACCUGGAGAUUCUGGUCAGUUCAGCCAUCCACAGUAUCUGUCUUGUGUCUUGUUAUUGCCAUGCCACAAAGGACGGUUUGACUUAGCACAGCAUGUUGAACAAUGGGGCAAAGUCAGGCAUUUGGAAAACAGAGACACAAUGGUUGCAGCUGCCCUCACAAAAGCUCAUGGUGAUAUGCAGGAUGCAACAUUUGUGAGGUUUGAGGCACUGGUUGAUAAAUACCCUCACCAACGCAAAUGCACUCCACUCUACAAGAAGAAAACAUUUUUUGGACAGCUCCAUCAUAUCAUUGUUUUGGCUGAGCCGACCAUUAUUAUAUUUGCUGCCAUCAAGCCCUGUGAGAUAGAAUGUUGUGAUUCAUUGAACAACUAUUACUCAAAACUAGGAUUCAUAAUAGUCCUCGACAUUACUUAUGUUCAAUGUGUUGUUGGAAGGGUGCCUGCAGAUUCAAGAUGGGCUUUGAUUGAUCGCAGUGGUAGCAUAGCUCACACUGUCUACGAAGGCAAUUCGGACUGA